CCAUCUCCAUGUUCACUAAUUCGAACACAGUAAUGCGAACCUUAUCACCUUUAUCAGAACCAGACCUCUCCUUAAACAUAAGCCCUCCUUCUAUUUCAGAUUCUGAAGCCAAAGAAGUGGGAAGCUACAACGUAUUAAAUAGGAAACCACUUUACAACGACAUGUGCUCAACCUCUGAUUCAGUUAGUAGUGGAAGUGAUUUAAGCCAUGAGAAUGGUUUGUUCAACCCCGACACUGUCUAUAACCUUGGUCAUCAUGAGCCAACAUUGAGAUUAGGAUUUGGAACAACAAAUUUGAAUCAUCCUCAUAUUCCAGCACAACAAGGACUCUCUAGAAACUUCAAUCACCACAAUAUCCAACCUCACAUCUAUGGCCGAGAUUUCAAGCGAAAUACAAGAGCCAUUAAUGGUGUCAAAAGAAAUGUCAGAGCUCCUAGGAUGAGAUGGACGACAACCCUCCAUGCCCAUUUUGUUCAUGCGGUUCAGCUUCUUGGUGGUCAUGAAAGGGCAACUCCGAAGUCUGUGUUAGAGUUAAUGAAUGUUAAGGAUCUAACCCUAGCACACGUCAAGAGUCACUUGCAGAUGUAUAGAACAGUGAAGAGCACUGACAAAAGUACUGGUCAUGGGCACACAGAUAUUGGCUUGAACCGAAGUCCAGGAAUUGUUCAUCUGCAUGGAGGAGUCUCAGCUUCUGAGAGAGUCAAUUUACCACAAGCGCUGCAAAAAUCACAAUGGACAUCGUGGCAAUCAUCAAUGGAGACAAAUACAAACAAUAGUAGACAAAAACCGGACAUCAGUUUGACGUAUUCUCACCUCAAAGGAAAUGAAACCACGGUGGUUGAGGAGAAUUAUGGAGGCAUGUCGAAUUGCAUGAAGGAGAGGCUGGAUUUUACACCUUUGUCACGUUCUGAUGCGAAGCUUGACCUAGAAUUCACGCUUGGAAGGCCCAAUUGGCAAACAGACCAUGGCGAAUCAUCAAGAGAGUUAACUCUUCUCAAGUGUUGAAAUAUAAACACUACCCUUUCCUUGUCAUUAAUUAAAAUAAUAUACUAAUGCUACACAUGAUAUGGAGAGG